AUGGCUUUGCCUGAUAUUUCGAGUUUGCGUAUCAAUGGCUCAAGCACAACCUCUCCAACUGAAGGGCACGUCCCGCAAGACAUUCUCGACACCCGAGGAGACCGGUACAUGGAAAAACUCAAAAACUAUGCCGAGUCCCUCCCCUACUCAAUUGAGCCAUACGCGAAGAUGACGGAGCUGCUGGACUUCAUCCUGCUGCGAAUAACGCAAUGCGUGGAGGCAAAAGAUUAUGAUGUCGGCCUCUUGCAAUGGGACAGCAUGUUGAACUACUGGAGCAUGUUAAAGUAUCCUAUUCCGAAAGAUAAACGGAUCAAGCUAGCAAAACUAUAUUUUCACAUUAGUAUCACCCCCGGAAUGUCUCCGCAGAUGAUCGCGACAUGCGCAGAUGGCUUCAAGGCUUUGACUGCAUCCAAGGAAAAGCUGUCAAUUAGCGACAUGAGGCUCCCAUGGAAACCCAUCUACGAUGUCCUUAGCCACGAUUUGUUUCUUCGCAGGCGGCAGUUUGAAUAUACUCAAGUCUCGUGGUGUAUGGGAUACAUUGCCGAAAAUGCUCGCAGGUUUUUCCAUCCAGCUGCAAUCAAUGAAAUGCUUUCUACUUUUGUCCCGUUGAUCGACGGGACCAAACUAGAUAGCAUUCUAUCCUCACAUUAUUACCUCCUGACAUUCUUGCCCCUUUCUCACCCACAAUACUAUCUUCCAAUGUUAUUUCGUGUGUGGGAGUCGAUAAACUCUUACAUGUAUGACGAAGGCAUGUUGCAUUUUCUCUCCAAGUUAUCGGAGAUGCAUGUUGCCUCUGAGGUCAGCAAUCCCCGACGAAUUGAAGAGAUUCCGGACGAUGAGAGAUCUGAAGAUGAAGGGCGAUUUGAUUGGUCUCAGACAAGCCUGCCUGAUCAUGGAGUAUGGCCAGGCAUUUACAAAGAUGUUGGUAUCUUCUCUGACCAUGAGUGGAAUUUCUUGAUGUGUAAAUGUCUAGCGUCAAUGGAAAUACCUUUGGCGGAUGGUGGCUCUCUGACCACAGGCCCAUCGGCUGAUAAUCAAGUUGGUUUCGAGAUUGGCAGACUACCAAAACCUCAAUGGCGGAUUCCAUCUUUGGCACGUAUCAUUGUUUACUCAAUGGCAAAUGAUGGCGUUACUGUUCCGCCAUCCAAUGCCCCAACACCCAUGUUCUCCCCUCUGCCAUCGGGGAUCAGCACGCCACAUAUUCAGGACACUCCGUUAGCUGACUAUCUCUCAUCACCUCUGGGAAAAAAGGUCCAAACCAAGACCAAGUCUUACUUGGCAGGUUGCAAGGCAUUGGAUUCUUUGGCAAGAAUGAUAGCCUCCACAGAAAGCUUUUUUCAUCCUUCAAAUUCUGGCUCCUGGACGGCGGAUCUGAGUGCAUUUAUCAAAUAUAUUGUCUAUGAUUUCAAUAAACGCUGGCACGAAGAGCAGAAGCCCGACUGCAAAACCCCAAAGAAUCGUCGAUUAACAAACUUGAUGAAGCGGGAGCUAGUCAAGUCACUCAGAACCGUCACGCUGCUUGCUAUGUUUUCUCAAGAUUCAACCACGGUAUCGAACAUCCAAGGCUGUCUAAAAUCGAUGAGUGUGAUGGAGCCUGACCUAAUCUUAUAUCCAAUACUAGAACGAGCAGUGCCCUCCCUGGAAGCUCUGGUUGAGACUCAACGAACCCUCGCUGUAAUUAAGGCACUUGGAGCGGUGGCACCUGCCAUCGUUUCCCGCGAGGUUUAUUAUCCCGGUGCCAAACACCUCGUGCCUAUACUGGAGCUGCUGAUUCCGGGUAUUGAUCUUAAUGACCCUGCAAAAACGCUCUGCACGACCUCAUUCCUUGUCGAAGUAUCCCAGCACAUCAUGAUCGGCGAUCUCACAAACGAUGAAGUAGUUGCUGCCAACCUCGAUUUGGAGCCCACACUUCCCUCCGAUACUCAAGUCACGUUUCAAUCCUUUACGCAAGAUGACGCCGAAGAGUCAUAUAUAGAUAUGAGAUCGACACUCACAGACGAGGAAGAGGACGCCUUACUCAAGGAUUCUACACGCAGUUUCCCUGAUUGGAUUACCAGCUUUAUUCACAGAGUGAUACAGUUGCUGGAAAAUCUUCCGGAAGAAGGUCCUGACGGGUCCAGCGGGGGUGCAACCGAAAUCCAGGUCGUUGAUGCUGUCACAGGUGCUUGCAGCCAGAUAUGCGUGCAUCUCUCUGAACCACUUUUCGAUCUGGUGUUGAAGAUGGUUUUCGAUUAUGCUACCACGAACGUUCGAUCAAAUGCUGUUAGAGCGAUUCACCAACUGGUGGAAUGUGUAGCGAAUGCUGAUCCUGUCAAAACCUUGGCUAAGUUUUUUCCAUUCUGUGACAACAGCAUCCGCGUAGAAAUUGAAAACGGUGCUAGUUCGCUUAGAACUACAUCUGCAUCCACUCCACUUCCCUCAGAUGCUACGUUGCACUGGAAUCUGGCUAUACUUAGAGGCGCAGUAUACAAUGAUGGACGAGCAAUCCUGAAGUAUAAGAAGGAACUCAUGUCGUUGCUACAUCUUCUCCGCGACAAGGCAUUCUCAAAGCGAGGUUUUUCCUGGGCUGGGAAAUUGUUAUCUAGCCUCCUGCUUACUCUGACGCAUACGUACCCAUUGGAAAACAAGUUCGUCAACCCAGAAGAGUGGUCCAGUGAUGAGUUCAAACACAGUCACCAUCGACAUUGGGGCAAGCUGUACAGGUCAGAUGAAAUAUCUUGGCAUGUUCCUGAUCCCGAGGAAAUCGGAUUUGCUCUCCAAAUAUUCAAGGAACUGGUUGAGCCUACUCUGACGGCUCUUGAAGAUCUCCUCGCUCCUGGUAAUAUAUCAACAUGUAUCCCGCUUCUCCAAGUAAUGCUAAAGGAGUGCUACAGACGUUGUAAGGGAUGCCUCUUGGCGGAACGAUUUCUGCCGCGUAGUUAUCUAACGGUUGUUCGGAAUGCAUUUGCUGGCAUUCCGACCCUCUUCAAAGAAGUUCUUUCCCAAGAAGAGCUGAGAGCUGCAGCCUUAACAAGUGAUAUCUUGGAUGAAAUUCCGGAGAUGAUUGCUUCCAUCCAGCCGAUUCAUUCAGGAUUCUCACUGACUGACCCACAAGAUCCCCGAUAUGUGUACAUAACGUCUCUCAGGCAACGGUUUGGAACUUUCCUACACAAGGCUUCUGAAACCCUUCGCCAACAAGGGGAAGAGAACACAGUGGACGCCGUCCACAUUCUCCUUAGAUCCGUGCGGACGUACUUGAUGGAGUAUGGCGACAGCAGAGAUAGUUACUACCUUAACGAUGAACAGUAUACGGCUGAGAUGAAUGUAGCUCGGCAAUACGCGGGCCAGAAAGUUUGGCCGAGGGCUGUAUACGUCCGCCGUGCCCGUUACUACAACUCAGCUCGCCUACGUUGGAAUUCCAUCGAGCGCAGACGUAGUCCUUUAGAAGAUAAUCUUAUCGAUGACUUGGUGGAGUGGUCAAUGUGGCAUUACGCUGUUAUACGUCAAUCGAGCCAAUCGAUAUUAGAAGCCAUAUGCUCUAUCUACGACGGUGUUAGGCGUCGGGCACUCCCCCGGUUAAUCGAAGCAUUGGAACCGAGAAAUGACGAUGAUCGUAUGAAAGGUGCACUCUGGACUAUCAAUUGCCCGUCAUUCGGAAAGCAUGCAAUCUCUGAACCAACUCUGGCCAAGGAUUUAGUGGCAAAGCUUUUCGGUUGUCAACAUAAUGAAAAGCCCUCUAUUCAAGACUGCGUGGCGACUGUCUUCGAUAACUGCCUCAACAGCUUUGUCGAGCCCUGCAAUUUGAUGUACGAUGUGCCCAACCCUGCCAUGGACGAAGCUUUGGUGAACCUGAAAAGGAUUCUUGUUUUUGGGACAAGUGAAAACGGUCUGACUGCCCGUUGUCGCAACCAACGUAUUGAACGUGUUCGUCUCAAUGACGAGGCCAUCGAGGAGAUUAAUGAAUCCGUCCUAAACAUUGGCAACUCUUCCCAAACCCACUGGCGAUAUGGGAUAUAUGCUACUCGAUGUUUGCGAACUCUUGUUCGAAAGGACAUGCCUUUGAAAGGAGAACAGAUACGGUAUUUCUUAAAAAAGGUUCAUGAUGACCACCCAGACAUUCGCUACUACGCGCAACGAGCCGUUAUGAAGAGCUUGCGAAACAUUAAAUUAAGGACUUAUUGCUCCGGUCCUCUGGAACUCGCAGUAGCUCACUGCCAAAACCCUCUGAAAAGGAAUAUAGCUAUUCGCCCCACCCAACAGCUGACGGAACAGUUCCUGCAUAGAUUCGGAACGCCAAUCAACUGGGCAGAGAAGGGCGAAACACAAGUGUUUUUCGACAAGAAUCCCCCUGGGUGGCUUGCUUGGCCGAACUCAAUUUGCGUCGACAUUUUGCCCGACGCUGUAGCAUCUACUUUCAGUCCAUGGGAAUCCGCCAGUGCAGAUGCUAUUGAAGUUGUUCGGGAACUUGUCACUGACCCCACAUACUGGGAAACUGUUUCUACGUACUAUUCAGAGGAAAAUCAUGAAACGACCAUCGUUCAAGACAAUGUUUCCUGUGUCAAAUCCAUAUUUCAACUUCUUGAAGAUGAACCGUUUGAGGCCUUCAAGCCUGUGGUGGAGAAAUUGAUAAGUGAUAAAGAUCAGAAUAAGCAGCGUGCCGCAGCGGAACUUCUCGCAGGUGUCCUUGGAGGGUCGAAGCACUGGCCUCUUAACAAGCAAAAGAAACUCUGGGUAUGGUUUACUCCCAACAUACCUAUUCUCCUAAGCCAGAACAUAAAAUCUGACACUCUGAUGAUCUGGACGUCUUUCUUGGAGUACAUGUUUUAUCACAAAGAUCCUCGACGUAUACAGCCCAUCGUUGAUUUUCUAAUGGAAUCAUUCAACUCUAUGGAUUACAAUGCGGAGAUGUCCUUUGAUGCUGUGAAAAUCAUCUCGCUAUUCAGGUCAUUCUACGAGGAACUAGGAAGGAAAUUUUCCCCAUGGGUUGACGAUGCAGUACGGAGAUCUUGGGCUGAGAUUCAUAGCGAACACGACGAUGUCCGCGCCUUCAUCAGCGAAAUCCUGGCCUUUUCUGAGAAUAUUAAGUGGCUCCCCAAGCCGUCGCUUCCAACCGUAGAAGUCUUCGUGCGAGAGUGUUCUCGCCUUCCCGCAGACUACGACAUUAUGGGGAUACGGGGAACUUACCAUCGCGCAAGAGUGGUGGAACUCGUCGAUCGAUUUCAACUUUGGCGCUCAGAACGUACACCAGGUGUUCGUGCCUUUCAAUCAACCUACGACCGAGUGGGAAUCACGGUUUGCAAGUGGCUGUAUCAGUCAAUCCACGAUCUUCAUGCGAUAUCUACUUUUGAUUACAUUCUCCUUUUAAUGCCUGAGCUCUUCCGGUUCACGGAAGUAAAUGACAACAAUGAACUCGCUUCCCGCGCAAGCACGUUACUCGUUCGAAUGUGCGGGGUGACUCCUCCUGUGCCACUCAUCGAUCCACUUCUCGAUGCAAUUUUUGAAGCUAUCAGGAGGUCGCCCUCCUGGAGGGUUCGGUUAAAGGCUCUACCCCUUGUGCAAGUCUUCUAUUUCCGUCAGGUCCCACUGAUCAGAGAUAUCAAGAUAGUAGAGAUUUUAGAGGUUUUAUGUCAAUGCUUAGAUGACGAAGUCGUGGAAGUUAGGGAAAUGGCAGCUCGCACCUUGUCGGGCAUUCUCCGUCUGUCGCCGCGGCGCAGCAUCAUCACUCUCAAAGACCGGUUUGUUCGACUGGCUAAGAAUAGUUUCAUUCCCCACCGACAAGAUCCAAGCUACAACACUGCGGUAAGGCGACGUCACGCGGCCAUCUUGGGCAUUUGUGCCCUCGUCGACAGUUAUCCAUAUACUGUAGAGAAGUGGAUGCCAGAGCUUCUGACGAAUGUUUUAGCAGAGCACACAUAUGAUCCAAUCCCCAUCUCCACAACAGUCCGAAAGUGCGCGAGCAACUUCAAGAGGACGCACCAAGAUACGUGGCAUGAAGACUCGAAACGAUUUGACGAUCAUCAGCUUGUUGCACUUUCAACUCUGCUUACAGGAUCGUCAUACUAUGCAUAA